AUGUCUUACCAAGAACAGCAGUGCAAGCAGCCCUGUCAACCUCCUCCUGUGUGUCCACCACCCAAGUGUCCUGAGCCUUGCCCUCCUCCAAAGUGUCCAGAGCCCUGUCCUCCUACAAAGUACCUUGAGCCUUGUCCUCCUUCUAAGUGUUCUGAGCCACAUCUUCCUUCUCCAUGCCAGCAGAAAUGCCCUUCUGUGCAAACUCCUCCACCAUGCCAGCAGAAGUGCCCACCCAAGAACAAGUGA